AUGGCUGACCAAAACCUGGCCUUUCUCUCUCUUAUUCUUCUCUGCCCUCUCUCUCUUCUCCUCUUCCUCUACUUCAUCGUCAAACCCCGACCGGUCAAGAUACAAAUCAAGAACCGCCACGUGUUCAUCACCGGCGGAUCCAGCGGCAUCGGCCUUGCUUUGGCCCACGAGGCCGCACUUGAAGGCGCAAAAGUCUCAAUCCUCGCGCGGAACAUGGAGAAACUGAAUGAAGCGAAGCAGUCGAUCAAGUUGUCCACCGGUCGUGAUGUCGCCGUUUUCAGCGCCGAUGUGAGAGACUUCGAUUCUCUCAAGAAAUCUAUUGAGGAGGCUGGACCGAUCGAUGUGUUGGUGUGCAAUCAGGGAGUGUUUGUACCGAGGGAAUUGGAGGGACAGGAGUUGGAGGAAGUUAAGUUCAUGUUGGAUGUGAAUUUGAUGGGGACUUUUCAUCUGAUCAAGGCGGCGUUGCCUGGAAUGAAGAAUCGGACGGAUCGUGCACCUGCUUCGAUCGCUAUCAUGUCGUCUCAGGCCGGUCAGGUGGGAAUUUAUGGUUACACUGCUUAUUCAGCUAGUAAGUUUGGGCUGAGGGGAAUGGCGGAAGCAUUGCAACAGGAGGUUAUUGCUGACAACAUUCAUGUCUCGCUUAUAUUUCCCCCAGAUACUGAAACCCCUGGCUUGGCAGAAGAGAACAAGAGAAGACCACAGCUCACCAGUAUCAUAGCUGCUGCAUCUGGCGCAAUGAAAGCUGAUGAAGUAGCCAAGAAAGCUUUGAAUGGAAUCAAAUCUGCUAGUUUUAUGGUCCCAUGCAACCUCGAGGGUUCUCUACUGGCCAUAGCAACUGCUGGCCUUUCACCUCAAAGAUCAUUCCUAAUGGCAUUCAUUGAGGUAGUUGCUAUUGGUAUAUUACGUGUUGCAGGUCUGUGUUUCCAAUGGAACUGGUAUGGAAGCAUUGAAAAGUGGCAUGCACAAAAGAAAUAUCAUCCAGACACAACUCUUGUCUACUUCUAUCUAGAGUUUCUGCACACGUCAAAGCAUCUCCAUCCCCCACGAACUGGACAAGAGAGUGUUUCAACCUUCCAAGAGGAAGACACAGGAAAAUAG